AUGCCAAAAGCAUUUGGGGAAACUGAAAUAGCCAAAGGGUACUUCCCGCAUCUGUUUAAUACGACAGAAAAUCAAUCAAAAGAACUUAAUCAUUUGCCUGACAUAAAGUAUUAUAACCCCGAUAGUAUGAAACCAGAGGCACAUAAAAAGUUUCUGGAAUGGUACAAGGCGAAUAUGCGAAGACCCUUCUCACUGCAGGCAGAACUUUUACGUUAUUGUCAGUCUGAUGUGGAUAUCCUUCGAAAAUGUUGUCUUAAAUUUAGGACACUUUUCAAAGACCUUACCAAAAAUGAUAAAAAUGAUGGAAUAGAUCCUUUUGAGAAAUGCAUCACCAUUGCGUCAGCUUGCAAUCUUGUCUAUAGGACGCUUUUCCUAGACCAUGAAAUUAUUGGCAUCAUCCCAGCUCAUGGUUACAGACCUGAGGCCAAACAAUCAGUAAUGGCCUAUCAGUGGCUUUCUUAUCUAGCAUCUGAAAGACAUGUUUAUAUACAACAUGGUAGAAAUCAGGGAGAAAAGCAAAUAGGGCCUUAUAAAGUCGAUGGAUAUUAUGAAACGAAUGAUGGAAAAAAAGUUGUUCUUGAGUUUCAUGGUGAUUUUUGGCAUGGUUGUCCCACAUGUUUUUCUAAAAGUACCAUAAACCCCGUCAAUGGACUAUCAAUGGCUGAAUUAUAUAAUACUACCAUUGAAAAACAAAAAUACCUUGAAACAGAAGGCUAUAUUUACGAAUGCAUCUGGGAAUGUAAAUUCAAAACACUGCUGAAAGAAAACCCUAGUACGAGAGAAUACAUUGAUUCUUUAGAAUAUGUGUUACCGCUAGAACCAAGAGAUGCAUUUCAUGGAGGACGCAAAGAAGCAUUUAAAAUGUACGCAGAGUCCACGGAAGAAAAUUGCAUAAAAUACUUUGACGUUACCUCCCUUUAUCCUUAUAUUAAUAAAACAGGAAAAAUACCCCUGGGGCAUCCAAGGAUCAUCACAGAAAACUUCAUUGAUAUAAGCAAUUAUGAAGGUUUAAUAAAAUGUAAGAUUUUGCCUCCAAGGAAAUUGUAUACGCCUGUUUUGCCUACAAAAUGUAAUGGCAAACUGAUGUUCAGCCUAUGUCGCACUUGCAGUGAAACGUAUGAAAAUGGCAUAUGUCAGCACACUGCUAAUGACAGAGCAAUAUUAGGAACUUGGGUCACCGAUGAGGUGAAAAUGGCUUUAUCUCAGGGUUAUAAGUUAUUAAAAGUUUAUGAAGUUUGGCAUUUUGAUGAAAUGGCUCAAUACGACCUCCGUACUAAAACAGGUGGCCUUUUUACGGAGUACGUGAACACAUUCCUGAAGGUCAAACAAGAAGCCAGUAGUUGGCCAGACUGGUGUAAAACAGAAUCAGACAAGCAGAAAUAUAUUCAAGAGUAUCUUGAUAGGGAAGGAAUAAUGUUAGAGUAUAAUAAAAUUGAGGACAAUCCUGGUUUGAGACUGUUGGCCAAAAUUAUUUUGAACUCGUUCUGGGGGAAGUUCGGCCAAAGAUCUAAUCUGACGCAAACAACCUAUAUUGAUGAUCCAGUUCAGUUCGUAGAUAUGAAGGCAUCAGACCAGCAAGAAAUAAAAAAUGUUCGUUUUAUAAACGACGAAGCUGUGCAGAUUGACUGGGCUUAUACCAGCGAUUUCAUAGAAACUUCAAGCCGAACUAAUGUAAUUGUUGCUGCAUAUACCACAGCACAAGCGCGUUUAAAGUUGUAUAGUUAUUUGCAACCAUUAGGAGAUAGAGUUCUGUAUUGUGACACUGAUUCUGUUGUGUUCACCUCUUCGAAGGGGCAAUGGGAACCCCCUUUAGGUGAUUUCCUGGGAGAUUUAACUGAUGAAGUUCCUAACAAUCAAAUAACUAAAUUUGUUACAGGAGGGCCUAAGAACUAUGCUUACUGUUUAGAAAAACCAAACAAAAAGGGUCAAUCCUCUAUUU